AUGAUUUCUAAUACUACAAAUCAGACGUUAGAGACGUUACCGACUGAAAUUUUAUUUAAUAUAUUUUCAUAUUUAGAUGAACCUGAUUUAUGCCAUUUACAACAAAUUUCAAAAAUAUUUAAUACAUUAAUUACAGCAGAUGAAUUAUGGAAAUAUCUUAUUGUGGCAAGACUUGGUACAACAAAAUUUCCAUCUUUAUCAAGAUCAUUUGAAUUUCAUAAGGAAUAUGUAACACGUAGAGAUUCUCUACUGCAUUGGAGACAUAAUAGAGUGGUACGUACUAAAUAUGCUGUAUCACCAUUUAGAUCAGGUCCACCAAAUCAAUUUUUACAGCAGCAACAGCAGCAGCAACAACAAGGGAUGCCUAUUGAAAGUUUAGUAUUUUCAUAUCCACGUUGUGCUUGUUAUAAUGAUGGUACUAUUACAUUAAUACAUCUUCAAAAUAAACGUUCAAGACAAAGAUUAACUUAUAUCCCAUGUACAACACCUCAAGGUUGUUCGACGUUAGAUUUUUCAAUUAAUGCUGCCGUAUUUGGUAGGUUUGAUGGUCGUGUCUUUGGAAAAUUAUUAGGUAAUAAAUCUUAUUUAACACCUGCUACAGAAUUUAAUUCAACGCAUUCUACCUGUGUAACUGCAAUUGCAUCAUUAAUGAAUGAUACAUCUGCAAAAGAACAUAGAUGUGUUAGUGCAUCAGAAAAUGGUGAAUUAAUUUGGUGGGAAGAUACAAAACGUGUCGCAUUUAUGAAACCAACAAUUGGUUUAAUUUGGAAAUUAUAUUAUUGGAAAGACUUCACUUUAGCAUUAGAUCAUAAAAGAAUUUAUAUUAUUCAAAAUCAAUCUAUUGUACAUUCUUUACCUUUACCAUUAAAUAUAAUACGAUCGUCAGGAAAUAAUACAACUACGACUGGUGAUCUUUUACAAUUUGUUAAUGUAGAUUUUGGUUCUCGGACUCUUAUCAUGGCUAGUAAUUCUACGUUAUACACAAUUUGUUUUGAUCCCAAUAACGCAUUUGGUACCACUCAAACAAUUCAAAUUAAAGAUAUUUUCCCAAACAUUUCAACUACUAUUACAAAUGUUUAUAUGGAUGAAUCCACUGCUAUUAAUGAACAAGAUUUUUCAUUGGCAGGUAAUGAUGGUUGUUAUAUAGCAUUACUUACUUCAGAUAAUGAUAUUGCAAUAAUUAAUAUACGAAAUAUUGCCUCCACAAUCAAGAUUCAAACUACAAUAAGUUUUGAUGAACAGAUACAUUCAGUGAAAGUGACAAAUUUACUAAUAAUAGUGGCAAUUGCAAAUCAAAUACAUUUAUUGGAUUCAUCAACCGGGUCACCGAUUAAAGUGAUUCAAAAGACUGAUAAAUAUCCACAAUUCUUAGAUAUAUCCGAAAAUAAAAUUCUUAUAGGAAGUGGGAACGUCUUACAUUUAUUAGAGUUUAUAACAAGUAAAAAUAGAAACUCAGAUUAUGAUAAUGAUUCUUCAGGGAUGAAAAACUCAUCAUCAUCGCAUAAGAACCGUAGCAAUAAGUGGAUUGAAACAUUAAACACACAAAUGAAUAAUUUUGAUGAGGAAGAGACAUAUAGGUAUGACCAAAGAUUGGAAAAUAAUAGACUUUUAGAGACAUAUGGUGGUGAUAUCACUCCAACCUCAAGGAACAAUGAACAUUUACUAACUGUGGCCAAUUCUGAUAAUGAUGAAGAUGUUCAAUUAAGAAUUGCAUUAUUAGAAUCUCAAUCUGUUAGUACUCAAGAAAACACCAACGUGCAAGACGAAGAAGAACAGUUGAGGAGAGCCAUUGAAGAAUCACAACGGAUCCUUGAACAGGAAACUGACCAUAGUCCUCCUAAUACUACAUUGGAUGACCUUGCAGAAGGUGAUGAUGAGUUCAGACGGGCCCUUGAACUUUCGAUGGCAGAAGAAGAACAAAGAAACAACAGAGGCAAUAUAACUCCUAAUUUAGCUCAUCCAUUGUCUGAUGAUGUUCCACGUAAUGCCGAAUCCUCGAUAACAAACACAAAUAAUUCUAACGCAUUGUCUGAGGAUGAAGAAUUACAAUUAGCACUUGCGUUAUCUUUAAGUGAAAUAAAUUAA